CAAAAGAGGCAGCCGAGAAUAGCCAUCCAUAAUGUUCCAGAACAUGUUAAACCAGAACAGCUCAUCGCAGAGCUCAGCGCAACAGCAGGUCUAUCAGCAAGAGUAUACAAACCCCUGUUCCGACUUAAAGAGCGCCGAGCAAACAGAGUCAAAUGGGUUCUCGAGUGUACCACGGAGAGCUUUGGAAUCGCCAUCAACAUCAGACGUCUGUUCACAGCAUGGCAGGCUCAUACUAUCACGGAGUUCUUGGGAAUCCGUAGAUGUUAUAGAUGCCAGCAAUUCGGGCACUCCCAGGAUCUCUGCCGCAGCAAGAAACAGUUCUGUGCCUUCUGCGCUGGGUCGCACAACACCAAAGUCUGUCAAGCAGAGUCACCAGCCUGUAUCAAUUGCGGGGACUGUAACUACCGCAACGGCACCUCCUACUACUUUGAACAUCCGGCAUACCACCCGGAAUGCCCGAUGUACCAGAGAGCCGUCUACAACACACGCUGCAACACACAAUACUGAAGCUAUAACAUCUCAGCAGCCUACCAAUGCUAUGUUACUACCUAAUGCGUCUGAAGAUAGCAACACUAUCUCACAAGAGAUCCUACCGACAAAUAUCGACAACCCAGUCAACCUGAUUCUAACUCAUUCCUCAGCAGGCUCCAUAAAAUGCACGCAAAUUAACCUCCAACGGGCAGAAGCAGCUAAUACGCAACUAGUGCAGCAUGUCCUCGAUCAUGAGAUAGAUAUCAUCCUUCUCCAAGAGCCUUACUGCAGAAACGGCGCAAUAGCCUGCCUACCACUCUCAUGGAAGAUCUUCCAGCGGAAAGCGCAACUUAACGAACUACCCCCGAGAGCGGCGAUCAUUUGUUGUAAUCCACAAUGGUCCCCACUCAUUAUCAAGCAGGCACGAGAUCAUGUUGCAAUUCUUCUGAAUUAUAAUAACUCCCAGAUUAUCCUAUCAUCCGUCUACAGCUCUCCACCAGAAGACAUCAGCAAUGCAGUAGAUAGUAUAGCAGAAAUACACAGAAAACAUACUACCAUAAAAGCCUGUUUUGAACUUGAAGGUCAGUAG